UGACACACCGAGUCCUGCUGCAGUCUUAGGUUUGGCCUCACAACGUCUGCCGUAUUAUAUUGAAUAAAGUCAUGUUGUCACUUCACAGGACAUCAGGGACAUAAACAGACUGAUGAUGGCUAAAGCCCAGCUGCGUGGAUUACUUGAUGAGUUCACCUGCUCAAUUUGUCUGGACACCCUGACUGACCCUGUCACCAUCCCCUGUGGUCACAAUUUCUGUCUGAAAUGCAUCACCGACUACUGGGAUCACAGACAAGAGUUCUUCUGUCCGCAUUGUAGACAGAACUUCUGGGCAAGGCCUGCACUGCAAAGAAAUACUUUGCUGAAUGAAGUCAUCAAGAAAUUAAAAAAGACAGGACUCAGUGAUCCUCCACCUAAGAAUUAUGCUGGCACUGGAGACGUGGAGUGUGACUUCUGUGCUGGGAAGAAGUUCAGAGUGGUGAAGUCCUGUCUGACCUGCAUGGCCUCCUACUGUCAGACUCACCUGCAGCCUCAUUAUGAAGUAGCGGCCCUGAAGUUCCACAAACUGGUUGAUCCUGAUGGAAAUCUGAAGGAGAAACUCUGUGUGAAACAUCAGAAAAGUCUGGAGAUGUUUUGCAGAACUGACAAGAUGUGCAUCUGCAUGAUGUGUGGAAUGACUGAACAUGAUGGUCAUGAAAAGGUCGAGCUGAAGACGGAAAGAGCAGGAAAACAGAAACAGCUGGGGGCGACACUGAGUGAAAUUAGGAGGAGACUUGAACAGAAAGAGAAGAAACUGAAGGAGACGAGGAGGACAGUGGAGGAGAUGAAGCUUUCUGUGGAAAGAGUGAUGAGGGAACAUGAGAAGAGCUUCACUGAUCUGAUUCACUGCGUUGAGGAAACCCACAAGAAAUUAAAAGAGAAGAUCAAAGAACAAGAAAAGAGAGAAACGGAGAAAGCUGAAGGAGUCAUGAAGCAAAUAAAGAAGGAGAUCAAGGAGCUGAAGAGGAGAGAAGCUGAACUGAAGGACCUUUCAGAGACCAAGGACCAUCUCCACUUCCUGCAGACUUUCUCAUCUUGCUGUGUCUUUCCUGCUAAUAGAGACUCGAUAAGCUUCACUGUCAUGGCUGAUUUUUCUUCUGAGGGCCUGAGAAAGGAGCUGUCAGGUCUGAAAAAGAGCCUGGAGAAGAUCAGCCAGUGGGACAUCCUGGCAAGAACUCCAUCAGGUGUGGCAUCUGCUUUUUGGUGUUCAUUGUUAGAGUCUAUUAGGAGGACCAAAGUGACAAUCACAGGGACAACUGCUCGUCAGUUGCACCAAACUGGUUCUGAAGCAGGUGAGAACCUGGCCAGCAGAAGCCAUCUCCGCUCUUCAGGACUCAGCCCUAAUCUUAACAUUCUCCAUUCUUCUCGUUUCUUUGUAUUUUCUGGUCGUGAAGCUUCAAUCUUCACCCUACAACUUCCUGAACCUCGGAGCAGAGACAAGUUUUUACAAUACUUCUGUCCCCUCACACUGGACAUCAACACGGCACACAGAGACCUCCAUCUGUCUGAAGGGAACAAGAAGGUGACAUGGGAGGGGACACGGACUAGAUAUCCUGAUCAUUCUGACAGAUUUGAAUGCUGGGAACAAGUUCUGUGCAGAGAGGCUCUGACUGGGACUCGCUGUUACUGGGAGGUGGAGUGCAGUGGAGACCUCAUGAUGAUUGGAGUCACAUAUAAAGGACUGAGAAGGAAAAUAAAGGGCAAAGAUAGCCUCAUUGGAUGCAAUGACAAGUCCUGGUAUUUGAAGUGGUCUUAUUUCCAGUACUCUGUGCAUCACAAUGAGAAGUGGACUGAAUUCAGCGCCCCCUACAGCCCCAGAAUAGGUGUGUAUCUGGACUGGCCUGCUGGCUCUCUGUCAUUUUAUAGCGUCUCACACAGAAUGACCCUCCUGCACAGGUUCAACACCUCCUUCACUGAGCCCCUCUAUCCAGGGUUUAGGCUUGGUCCUGACUCCAGUGUAACAAUCAGCCAUCUGACACCAUGUGACAGACUACUGACCAGUACUCGCUACCGGUCACUUGAUGUCCCCACAAGCGCAGGUCCUCUUUGA